AUGAACACCGAGAAAGAUGAGAUCGUCUCGCAGUUCUGCGCCAUGACUAGGACGCGUCCCGAUGGGGCACUAGAGUAUCUCGCGGGCAAUGAUUGGGAUCUCGAAGCGGCAGUGACGGAGUUCUUCGCCGAGCAAGACGAAGCCUUACAAGACCCAGGCCGAUCGGCUGGAAAUGAGUCUGCGCCUGGAGGCGCCGGUAGCGGUGAUGCGGACUCGUCCGAGGAGGAUGACAACCCGAACCAAGACUUUUUCGCCGGGGGUGAGAAGUCGGGCCUGGCUGUGCAGAACCCGGACGACGUUAAGAAGAAGAUCAUUGAGAAGGCCAAACGGACUCAGCUUCCGGCUUCGGACGAUCCCACGCCCAGACAGUCUCAUUUCACAGGCACGGCUCGUACCCUUGGCGGCGAUGACGCUCCUAGCCGCGUAAUCGAGACCCCAAGCGCACCUGUACAGCAAUUACCGCAGCGCGUUCAGCGUACUCUUCACUUUUGGGCCGACGGAUUUUCCGUGGAUGACGGUGACCUCUACCAUUCUGACGACCCUCGCAACGCGGAAAUCCUCGAAGGCAUCCGACAGGGUCGUGCUCCGCUUUCUAUCAUGAAUGUCCAGCCUGGCCAGGAGGUCGACGUGGAGAUCAAGCAGCACGAGGAGAAAUACGUGAAACCGAAGCCCAAAUACAAGCCUUUCUCGGGACAAGGACAACGCCUAGGAAGCCCGACUCCGGGCGUAGGCACGCCUGCGCCUGCCGCUGCUCCCGCUCCCAGUCAGACCGAGUCCGACCCUGCGAAGCCGACUGUAGACGAAUCGCAGCCGACGAUCACUCUGCAGGUCCGACUUGGGGAUGGCACGCGACUCGUAUCCCGCUUCAACGUUACCCACACCAUCGGCGAUGUCUACCAGUUCGUGUCGGCGGCCAGCCCUGCCAACCAGGCCCGUCCCUGGGUGUUGAUGACUACGUUCCCCAGCAAGGAGCUCACCGAGAAGGACGUCGCCCUGGGCGACCUCGCAGAGUUCAAGCGCGGAGGCGUGGUGGUGCAAAAUCCUGUCCUCCAGGUCCUCUCCGGCAAAGGUGGCGUCGGCAAAUCCUCCGUCACCUUGCAGCUCGCCCUUGCCCUCUCUCUCCAGGGCAAAUCCGUCGGGAUCCUCGACAUUGAUCUGACGGGCCCUUCGAUCCCCCGCUUAGUCGGCCUCGAAGAUGCGAAGAUCACACAAGCCCCCGGCGGCUGGCUUCCCGUGACCGUCCACGCCGCCGAGAACGCAUCCUCCGCCACAGACGGAACCUCAUCCACAACCCCCAAGGGAUCGCUACGAUGCAUGUCGCUGGGCUUCCUGCUGCGCGAUCGCGGCGACGCCGUCAUCUGGCGCGGGCCCAAGAAGACCGCUAUGAUUCGACAGUUCCUGUCGGACGUGUACUGGGGCGAUACCGACUAUCUGCUGGUGGACACGCCGCCGGGCACCAGUGACGAGCAUAUCGCGUUGGCUGAGCAGCUCCUGACGCUGUCGACGACGGACGCGCAGGCCGCGAUCGCGUCCAGGGUGCCCCGGUUGACGGGCGCGGUGCUCGUCACGACGCCCCAGGCCAUUGCGACGUCGGAUGUGCGCAAGGAGGUCAAUUUCUGUGUCAAGACGCGCAUCCCCGCCCUCGGCGUCAUCGAGAAUAUGUCGGGAUAUACGUGUCCCUGCUGCGGGGAGGCCACGAAUCUGUUUUCGAGUGGGGGCGGACAGGUCAUGGCACAGGAGAUGGGAGUCAAGUUCCUGGGGAUUGUGCCGGUUGAUGUAAAGUUUGGGGAAUUGGUGGAGGGGAAAAUGGCUGGGGGAAGUGAUGAUGAGGACGAAGACGAGGAUCAGAAUGGGGUGACUUCAGAGCGACAGAGUUCCGAUGAGGUCGUGGAUGAGAGGCCGCUGGUGGACAGGUACCGGGAUUGCUGGUCGUAUCCCCGGUUCGAGGCGUUUGCGAAAACAUUGCUCUCAGACAUUGAGGGGCAAAGUGGGUGA